AUGCAUCUAAAACCACAAGCAAGGCUGCGGUGUGCUGAGCUGUGCUCACCAAAGCCAAGGCUGCGGUGUGCUGAGCUGUGCUCACCACAGGCAAGGCUGUGGUGUGCUGAGCUGUGCUCACCACAGGCAAGGCUGCGGUGUGCUGAGCUGUGCUCACCACAGCCAAGGCUGCAGUGUGCUGAGCUGUGCUCACCACAGCCAAGGCUGCGGUGUGCUGAGCUGUGCUCACCACAGCCAAGGCUGCGGUGUGCUGAGCUGUGCUCACCAAAGCCAAGGCUGCGGUGUGCUGAGCUGUGCUCACCACAGCCAAGGCUGUGGUGUGCUGAGCUGUGCUCACCACAGGCAAGGCUGCGGUGUGCUGAGCUGUGCUCACCACAGGCAAGGCUGCGGUGUGCUGAGCUGUGCUCACCACAGGCAAGGCUGCGGUGUGCUGAGCUGUGCUCACCACAGGCAAGGCUGCGGUGUGCUGAGCUGUGCUCACCACAGCCAAGGCUGCGGUGUGCUGAGCUGUGCUCACCAAAGCCAAGGCUGCGGUGUGCUGAGCUGUGCUCACCACAGGCAAGGCUGCGGUGUGCUGAGCUGUGCUCACCACAGGCAAGGCUGCUGUGUGCUGAGCUGUGCUCACCACAGGCAAGGCUGCGGUGUGCUGAGCUGUGCUCACCACAGCCAAGGCUGCGGUGUGCUGAGCUGUGCUCACCACAGGCAAGGCUGCGCCGCUGGCCCCGCCGCUGCAGUCCAAGGCUCCAGAGCCACCGCCGCCUGCCAUUGGCGGAGGCCGCAACAGGAAAACCGAGAGCCGAGCGGCCGCCCCGGGAGGACGGGUCACUACCCUCCGGCGCCCGCAUCCUUCUCUUUCCACCACCUCCGCCUCUACGGAGGGAGGGAAAGCGACCAGCCGAGGGCGUUCCAGAGCGGUAG